CGAUACCUCACCCACCUACCUAUCCGCGGCCUUUGUCAUUGUUUCUUUAUUCUCGAGUCGUCCGGAGAGUUUGUAUUCGCGGGAGGCCGGUGCCUGGAAUGCAGCCAAUUUUUAAGUCCAGUUCCCAUUCCAGCUCCGUCUUUCUUUCUUCUCCUCCUGGAUUUCUGCCGGCUCGAGAUCUUUUCAACGCUCUUGAGCUAGCGGCGGCUUUGUUUAAUUCGUGGUGAGCAACGUCGUCGUCGACGACGAAUUCGAUCCGGAGGAAGGGUUCGUUGUCCGGCCCAGUUCGGCCGGCCGGAUGGCAUUGUUGGGCGUCCUCGUCGGGGCGGUGAUCAUCGUCGUCGCCACCGCGGCCGCCGUUUCGGGCAGCGGGCUGCCGGUGCCUGGAUACGACGGGCUCGCCAUCGGGUUCUACCACGAGACGUGCCCACAGGCGGAGGACCUGGUGCUCGCCGAGAUGAGGGAGAUCGUCCAGGAGGACAGGACCCUCGCGCCGGCGCUCCUGCGGUUCAUGCUCCACGACUGCUUCGUCAGGGGGUGUGACGCGUCCAUCAUGCUGAAAUCGCGGGAAAAAAUCGGGGAGAGGGACGCCAACUCGAGCUACAGCCUCCGCGGCUACGAACAGAUCGAAAGGAUCAAGGCCAAGCUGGAAGAUGAGUGCCCGAUGACCGUGUCGUGUGCGGACAUCAUCGUCAUGGCCGCGCGGGACGCCGUGUUCCUGAGCAACGGCCCACGGUACCAGGUGGAGACCGGACGCCGGGACGGCAAGGUGUCCUGUACCAUUGACGCCGACAACGAUCUCCCACCGCCCGGCUCCAACAUUGUCGACCUCAAGAUCUACUUUAGUGUCAAGAACCUGGGAUGGAAGGACCUCGUCGUCCUAUCAGGGAGCCACACGAUAGGGAGGGCGCAGUGCGGCUCGUUCGCGCGCGACAGGCUGUACAACUACAGCGGGGAAGGGAGGCAGGACCCGUCGCUGAACACGGCGUACGCGCCGGAGCUGAGGAAGGCGUGCGUGGCCGGCGACCCUUUCGACAAGACGUACGUGGACAUGGACCCGGGGAGCCCGUACACGUUCGACCUGAGCUACUACCGGGACGUGUACAGAAACAGGGGCCUCUUCGUCUCCGACCAGGCCCUCCUCAAUGACAAGUGGACCAAGCAGUACGUGGAGAGGAUGGCGUCCGCGGAUUCGACGGACGAGUACUUCAGGGACUACGCGGAGGCCAUGACCAACAUGGGGAGGAUCGAGGUGCUCACCGGCGACAACGGCGAGAUCAGGAAGGUGUGCGGCGCGUACGUUGACUAGGCAAGGGGGAGUAGACGGAGCCAGCGCGCGGUUCGUUGGGUGCGAGUUGGCGCAAUCGCUUCGAUCGAUCAAUCGUCAUGUGGCCGUGGCAAACGUGGGGGCUAGCCAACCACAGUGGAGUUGCGUUAUUAUUCUAUAUAUCGGUCGAGGUGGUUGGGGCGUUGACGCUCACCGCCCGCUGAAAUUUUCUCACAACUGGAAAGAAAAACUGUAGGUAUAUCAACACAUAGAAUAGUCCUUCUCUCUUUUUUUUCUUCGUUCACCCUGUUCUUCACGGUAUGGCAUGGUGCAAAUAUAUAUAUACGGCAUCUUUUAAAAGUUCUACGACAAAUCAUGUAUGUGUAUAUGCGUGAACAUGGAUGUAUAUAGUACAACGUGAACAUGUAUGUGUCCUGCCUUGUCAUGAUGGCAGCUGGCAGUUUAGCA